ACACACACACACACACACUGUGAACCACGCGGGUCACGUGAUCGCCCCGUCCUGCAGUGAGCGCUCACAAGCGGCGAACGAGUCCAGCUGCUCGGUCACAUCCACAUCACUGAGAAGAACAAUGGGAGUCAACGUCGAGAUAAUCCGACCUGGCGACGGGAGGAGUUACCCGCAGAAAGGACACCAGGUGGAAGUGCACUACGUUGGCACGCUCACAAAUGGAAAGAAGUUUGACUCCUCCAGGGAUCGGGCAAAUCCCUUUAUUUUCAGACUGGGAAUGGGAGAGGUCAUUCGUGCUUGGGAUGAAGGUGUAGCUAGGAUGAGUAUUGGCGAACUGUCAAGGUUGACCUGCUCACCGGACUACGCGUAUGGCAGCAGUGGAUACCCUCCCGUUAUCCCACCAAAUUCUUGUCUAAUCUUUGAAGUGGAGCUUCUGAGAUUUGGAUUUUAAAUGUUUAAGAUGGUGGUUUGUUGUCAGUUUGUUUUAUUGAUGUUUUUUAUUUUUUUUUAUUUUUUUUGCAUUCCACCCACAUCUCUGACACAAAUAACUGCUUAAUUAAAGGUGCUGUGAGUCGCAUUUACAUUAAUGGAUAAAUAUUGUCUAAAAGUAAUUUUCAUAUCCUCGAUAAUUGAGACAAUUGAUGGACAAAAAGAUCAUGUUCAUGCUAAUGGUUGUUAAGAUUAAAGGAGUAAUCCAUUAUGGGAAACAUUCUUCUUUAUGUUCCUGCAGUGAGGUAAUGAGAGGUGGCGGUGGUGCACCUGGACAUUAGUUGCCACUCGCUAAUAAACCAAAGGAAGUUAUGUGAACAGAUAAUCGUCCUCUCAAUAUCAUUUCUAAAGCUCAAUCAUGAACACAUAUCUUUCUUAAAGCAUCCGAAAACCAAAGUGGUGUUCAGGGGAGUUUUGUGACACGUGACUCCUUGACUGCGUGCAGCUCAGCAAACCUGCCUGCUGUCUGUGGCUUCAUAUUUACCAAACAGACAUUAGUAUCAUUAGUCAUCUCCUGUGCCUUCUGACAGGAAAAUGUCUCCCACAAUGUUGAAUUAUUCCUGUAAAACGUCCAAUGUUUUUAAACUUACAGGAUUUAUUUGGCCUUCAUUCUUGUAUUUCCUGUAGAACAAAUGUACUUGAGAGCAAAAAAUUAAAUGAGCUUCAGAAUCACUGAUCCAGUGGCACUUAACACAUGUUGGCAGAUUCAAGUCUUCUUAGCGGGUAUCUUAUCUGUUCCUAAGUAUUUAUUACAAUGUCUUAAAAAUUGUAAUGAUUUGUAAUGUCAAAAUGCUAAUGUCACACCUUUUAAUAAAAAGCUUAUUUGUUUUUA